UUCGUACUGGAGUACUGCCAUCUAGAGCCAUUAGAAGUAGGCGAGCAUCACAGUGCCAUUCUGACUGUAUUUUUUUCCCCCAAUGUAUAUAUUUUAAGGGUUUUUAUUUGUACUCUAAAUAAUUCACAUUUACAGGAUACCACAUGAAUGGAUGGGUUUAGAACUUUACUGUUUGGGAGUUUUUCUUUCUAAGUGCCCAGUUUCCAAAUGAUUGGAUUCUAAAGAGAAUUUGACGAACGGGAUUCAUGAACGUACUGCGGACACCAACAGUUUUAUAAACAAGAUUUUGCAUCUUGAAAGAUGGUCCCUUUUCCACAUCAUUGUGGAUCCCUCUUAAUUGCCUUGGUAUGUUACUUAGUCCGAGCAACAUCUUCACUGAAUCUUGAGGAUCCAAAUGUAUGCAGCCAUUGGGAAAGUUAUUCUGUUAGUGUGCAAGAGUCCUACGCACAUCCGUUUGAUCAGAUUUACUAUACCAGCUGUACUGACAUCCUGAACUGGUUCAAAUGCACGAGACACAGAGUCAGCUAUAGAACAGCCUAUAGGCGAGGCGAGAAAACAAUGUACAGGCGGAAAUCACAGUGCUGCCCUGGAUUUUAUGAAAGCAGAGAGAUGUGUGUUCCUCACUGCACUGAAAAAUGUGUCCACGGCCGUUGUAGUGCCCCCAACACCUGUCAGUGUGAGCCUGGCUGGGGUGGACCCAACUGCUCCAGUGCAUGUGACAGUGAACACUGGGGCCCUCACUGCAGCAACCGCUGCCAGUGUAAGAAUAGAGCUUUGUGUAACCCCAUCACUGGGGCAUGUAUCUGCUCUCCGGGCUUCAAAGGCUGGAGAUGCGAGGACAGCUGCAGUCCAGGGAAUUAUGGGAACGGAUGCCAACAGAAAUGCCUGUGCCAAAAUGGAGCUACCUGUGACCAUGUUACUGGAGAAUGCAAGUGCCCCCCUGGGUACACUGGGGCCUUCUGUGAAGACCUGUGUCCACCUGGGAAGCAUGGCCCUCAGUGUGAAGAGAGGUGCCCAUGUCAAAAUGGAGGAGUGUGUCACCACGUCACUGGGGAAUGCUCCUGCCCUGCUGGAUGGAUGGGCACAGUGUGUGGUCAGCCAUGUCCAGAAGGGAGGUUUGGAAAAAACUGCUCCCAGGAGUGUCAGUGUCAUAAUGGAGGAAUGUGUGUCUCAGCUACCGGUCAGUGUAACUGCAGCCCAGGAUACACCGGAGAGAGGUGCCAGGAAGAAUGCCCGUUUGGAACAUACGGAGUAAACUGUGCCCAAACAUGCCAGUGUGUGAACGGAGGGAAGUGCUACCAUAUAAGCGGUGCCUGUCUUUGUGAGGCUGGCUACAACGGUGAGCAUUGCGAGGUCAGACUGUGUCCAGAGGGAGUGUAUGGGAUCAAGUGCGACAAAAAGUGUCCCUGCCAUUCUCACAACACCCAGAGCUGUCACCCCAUGUCUGGUGAGUGCUCUUGCAAACCUGGUUGGUCUGGACUCUACUGCAAUGAGACAUGUGCUCCUGGGUUUUACGGGGAAUCCUGUCAACAAAUCUGCAACUGCCAAAACGGGGCUGACUGCCACUGUGUAAAUGGGCAGUGUAUUUGUGCCCCUGGAUUUAAGGGCCCAGACUGUUCAAUGGCUUGUCCACUGGGGACUCAUGGAAUGAACUGCUCCUCCACCUGUAACUGCAGGAACAGUGCUGUGUGCUCUCCAGUGGACGGCUCAUGCACCUGUAAAGCAGGCUGGCAUGGCGUUGACUGCUCAAUAAACUGCCCGAGUGGUACCUGGGGUCUUGGCUGCAAUGUAACCUGUAUGUGUGCCAAUGGAGGAGCCUGCAAUGCUCUGACUGGGAUUUGUACUUGUGCACCUGGGUGGAGAGGCGAGAAAUGCGAGUUUCAUUGUCAGGACGGUACCUAUGGAAUGGACUGCACUGAACGCUGUGAUUGCAGUCAUGCGGAUGGCUGUCAUCCUGCCACUGGACACUGCCGCUGCCUUGCAGGGUGGACAGGUAUGCAUUGUGACAGCGUGUGUGCAGAGGGACGCUGGGGGCCAAACUGUUCAUUAUCCUGCAACUGCAAAAAUGGAGCUUCCUGCUCCCCUGAUGAGGGGACCUGUGAAUGUGCUCCUGGAUACAGAGGCACCACCUGCCAAAGGAUUUGUUCCCCUGGUUUCUUUGGGCACCGUUGCAGUCAGGCCUGCCCGCAGUGCGUACACAGCAAUGGACCCUGUCACCACAUGACUGGACAAUGUGACUGCCUGCCAGGGUUUAAAGGGGCCCUCUGCAAUGAAGUUUGCCCCAGGGGCAGAUUUGGAAAGAGCUGCGGUGGAAUCUGCACCUGCACCAACAAUGGAACGUGCAAUCCCAUGGAUGGGUCCUGUCAGUGCUACCCUGGCUGGAUCAGCAGUGACUGCUCGCAGCCCUGUCCACCAGGACAGUGGGGCCCCAACUGCAUCCACACUUGCACUUGUCACAACGGAGCCUACUGCAGUGCUUACGAUGGGGAGUGCAAAUGCACACCUGGCUGGACUGGCCUGUACUGCACACAGCGCUGCCCCCUGGGUUAUUACGGGAAAGAUUGUGCUCUGAUAUGUCAGUGUCAGAAUGGAGCGGACUGCGACCACAUAACAGGACAAUGUACCUGCCGCACAGGAUUCAUGGGGAAAUACUGUGAACAAAAAUGCCCCCCAGGCACGUAUGGCUACGGCUGUCGACAGGUAUGCGACUGUCUCAACAACUCCACUUGCGAUCAUAUCACUGGAACCUGUUACUGCAGCCCAGGCUGGAAGGGGCCAAGGUGUGAUCAAGCUGGGGUGAUAAUAGUAGGAAACCUAAACAGCCUGAGUCGGACGAGCACAGCAGUACCUGCAGACGCACACCAAAUUGGAGCAAUCACAGGGAUCAUUGCCCUGGUGUUCAUCGUCCUCUUCCUCCUGGCCCUCUUCAUUAUCUACCGGAAGAAGCAGAAGGGCAAGGAGAACACAAUGCCUGCAGUCACUUACACCCCCGCCGUGAGGGUGAUGAACACAGACUACACCGUCGCAGACACCAUCCCACAAGCUAAUGGUGGCAAUCCCAACAGUAACUACUUCUCUAACCCAAGCUAUCACACACUGACCCAGUGCACUCACCCACCGCAUAUCAACAACAUGGAGAGGGUUGCCCGUGGCAAGACAAAAAACAACCAGCUUUUUGUAAACCUUAAAAAUGUGGACCAUAGAAAGAGACCCCCAAUGACAGAUUAUACAGGAACACUACCGGCAGACUGGAAACAGGGAGGCUACUUUAACGAACUUGGGGCCUUUGGUGUUGACAGAAGUUACUUGGGAAAAUCUCUUAAAGAUCUGGUGAAGGGCUCCACCUAUAACUCCAGCUCCUGCUCACUGAACAGCACAGAGAACCCAUAUGCAACCAUAAAGGACCCCCCGAUAUUGAUGCCAAAGAACACAGAGUGUGGCUACGUGGAGAUGAAGUCACCCGCACAGAGAGAUCCCCCCUAUGCUGAAAUUGGAAACUCGGCCUCCACCAACAAGAACGUCUACGAAGUUGAACCUACAGUGAGUGUCGUCCAUGGACAGUACAGCAACGGUGGGUCUUUUGUCCAGGAUCCGUAUGAUCUUCCAAAGAACAGUCACAUUCCAUGCCACUACGAUUUACUCCCAGUGCGGGAUAGUCCCUCCUUGCCAAGGAAGGACCUCAGCAAAGAUUGAACCCAGCCAACACUGGGGAGGUCAGAGACAGCAGUUGCACCAUGGUGACCCAUAGCUCAGUGGACCGACUGAAGACCUGUCAUCCACUGACCUGCACACCGGCAGUUUAUGUCUUCUGUAGAUUAUUAUUAUUGUUAUCUUUAUUGUAAUUACUGUUGCAUUUUGAAGAAGAACUUGACGCACGUUUCCGAAUUCAGCAUACAUUUCCAAGGAUGCCACACUAAGGACACCCUUAUCAGAGCUUUCCUGCACUGUCGUUAACCAGAGGGCAAAACUAAAUAAUUAAACAGAAUGGAAUAACACCAAUGCAAAUUAGAUUGUCAAAGCAUCCCUUUGAAAGGCUAGUUAAUGUUCUUUUUUUUUUUUUGUAAGGAUGAAAGAUUUGACAGGAAUUACCCAGUGAAUCUCUUGAGGGGUGAUUUGAUAUUAAGAAGUCUUAAUAAAAAUGUAUAAACUGGUAAUUCACUUUAAAUUAUUCCAGUGAUCAUUAAUACAUAUCAUUAGUUUUUUCAACAGCAAGCAAAUAAAACACAGAUUUGAUUUUAUUUUUGUAAUGGUGAAGCAGACAUAUACUAGGCAAUAAGAGGAAUACCCAGAACAGACUUUUAAUACAAGUCUGGCAGAGUGCAGCUGAUACAGUUUUAUUAAACAAGAGGUACAUGUAACCAGUACUGUACUGCAGCCUUCUUUUUUUCUUUUACCCAGUGCAGCAUUUUUGCUACUUUUGUUAAAUCCACUGCAAUCCUCCAUUGCUUAUCUGCUGUCAAAGAGAACUUUUCCAAAUGCACCCAUUGUUAUAAUAUGCUUAAGCUGGCCUUUUGCAUUGCAAAACAAAAACAAAAAAAACACAUAAAAAAAAUGAUAAAAAUAAAUAAAAUAUUGUUUUUUAUACAUGCUAGAAUUGUCUGUAUUGUGAUAUGUCUUUCUUUUUUAAUAUAAGCUUUUCUGUACUGCUUUGGUUUGAUGUAUAAAAGAUGAUGUAUAUAGCUGUAAAUCACUUUAGAAAUGAUUCAGCAGUGGUGCUUGUUGACAAUUUGUACUGUACAGAAAUACCAUUGUGUAAUAAAAUCAAACUUAGACAGUCCAGUAUUU